AUGUGCAUCGUUCCUUCAUUUAUCCGGAUUCGAAGAGUUUGCCCAAUUAGCAAAAUUGCACCAUGUUUGUAUACUUCAUGUGUAUACGUACCACAGCAAAACGAUAUUGUUUCAUUCAACCCACAGGCUUCACGUCCAAAGGUGACAGAAGAGCACUUAAACCUGUCUGGAACUACCAGUGUGGUUACAGCCAGCAAUGAACAAGAGGAGAAAUUGAAAUCCAGCUGA